GGCAAUCGCGAGAGAAGGGUGGCGGGGACUCGAGGUCUGGCGAUGUUUCGUCCAACGUUUGGGGGAGAUUCCACGCUUCGACGGAUGCGUGGCUCUGUGAGGCGGUGGCCGUGAACCGAACCGCUCUCCGUGAGUUUUUAGCGACGACGCCAUAAUGAGUGCCGCGUUGCGACCGCGACUCUUUCUUCGUCUCUCCGAGAUUUGGAGUGGAAUCGAGGGCCGAAAUGUCCACCAAUCCGCCCUCGGAAGCCACGGAUUGUGUGACAUAUUUCAGCUGAAGGUCCUGUCAACCAGGAAACCACCAUCUCGGUUUUUUGGAAGCUGUCAAGCUAAAGCCUUGUCAGAGAAGAAAUGUGUACCAUGUGACUCAAAAAACCUCCAUCCUAUGACAGAAGAAUCAGCAUCUGAGUUAAUUCAGAAGGUGCCAGGAUGGAAUCUUCAAAAUCAGUCAGGUGUUCUGAAACUGCACAAAUCAUGGAAAGUUAAGACCUUCAUCAAGGGAUUGGAAUUCUUUCAGAUGGUUGCAAAUGUUGCAGAAGCUGAAGGGCAUCAUCCCGAUCUUCAUCUUGUCGGCUGGAACAAUGUCAAGAUUGACAUUUGGACACACUCAGCUGGUGGACUCACUGAGAAUGACUUUAUACUAGCUGCAAAAAUUGACGCCCUUGAUCUGAAUCCUCUUUUAAGACGAAAAGCAAAACCGAGAAUGGACUGAUGUGGAAACUAUUGGAUGCCUCCUGAGUCGCAUGUUUCUGCCUUGGAUCAUAGCACACUCGCUUAUUUAGUGUUAGAACAUGCAAGUUUUCAUAUGCAAGUUGGUCGUUCUCUCUCUCUCUCUCUCUCUCUCUCUCUCUGUUUCUCUACAUGCACACAUGCCUGUGCAGGUAUAAGGCUGUACAAUGAGGUGAGCUGGUUUGAUCUAGACUCGAAGUCGUUCAUCUAAACUCGACUUGUUUAUAAACAAAAUGUUAAACAAGCUGACUUCGAGUUGUAAGAACUUAGAUUCUUUUA